CCCACCCCGCCGCCGUUCAGCACCGCGGGGCGGACAGCUCCGAGCCCCGCUCCGGCCGCCCCCGCGCUUCCCCGCGCCGCGAUGGAGGGAGACGGCGCAAAGAUGAACGCAGCUCGGCGAUCGGCCAUGCUGGCCUCGGAGGUGACCGCGCCUCCCACCGAGCCGGCCCUGAACGCCACCGAGACGCCCAGCAAGGAGAACGUCUUCUCCGACAUGAAGGACAAGUUCAUGAACAAGCUCAGCAAGCUGCCAAUCCCGCCCUGGGCCGUGGCCACCAUCCUGAUCCUGGCGGCUCUUCUGCUGCUCGGCUGCUGCGCCUGCGCCUGCAAGAAACGCGGGAAGGGGAAGAAGGGGAAGAAGGGGAAGGAGAAAGCGAAGGCUCAGAUCAACCUGAAGGAGGUGAAGGAGCUGGGCCAGAGCUACAUCGACAAGGUGCAGCCCGACAUUGAGGACCUGGACCCGGCGCUGCUGCCUGAGCCUACGGACGAGAAGCGCCAGGAGAAGCUGGGGAAGCUGCAGUACUCGCUGGACUACGACUUCCAAAACGGGCAGCUGUUGGUGGGCAUCAUCCAGGCAGCCGACCUGCCGGCGCUGGACAUCGGGGGCACGUCCGACCCCUACGUCAAAGUCUUCCUGCUCCCUGAGAAGAAGAAAAAACACGAGACCAAAGUGCAUCGGAAAACCCUGAACCCCACGUUCAACGAGACCUUCACCUUCAAGGUCCCCUACGCGGCGCUGGGCGGGCGGACGCUGCUCAUGGCCGUCUACGACUUCGACCGGUUCUCCAAGCACGACGCCAUCGGGGAGCUGCGGGUGCCCAUGAGCAGCCUGGACCUGGCCCAGCCCGUCGAGGCCUGGCGGGACCUGCAGCCUGCCGCGCGGGAGGAGCAGGAGAAGUUGGGGGACGUUUGCUUCUCCCUGCGCUACGUCCCCACGGCCGGGAAGCUCACGGUCAUUGUUCUGGAAGCCAAGAACCUGAAGAAGAUGGAUGUGGGGGGGCUGUCAGAUCCCUACGUGAAAAUCCACCUGAUGCAGGGCGGAAAGCGGCUGAAGAAGAAGAAAACGACCAUUAAGAAAAACACCCUGAACCCCUAUUAUAACGAGUCCUUCAGCUUCGAGGUUCCCUUUGAGCAGAUCCAGAAAGUCCAGGUUGUUCUCACCGUCCUGGAUUAUGACAAGCUGGGGAAGAACGAGGCCAUUGGGAAGGUCUUCGUGGGCUGCAACGCCACCGGCACGGAGCUGCGUCACUGGUCCGACAUGCUGGCCAAUCCCCGGCGCCCCAUCGCCCAGUGGCACACCCUGCAGACGGAAGAGGAGGUGGACGUGGUCGUUGGCAUGAAGACCUCCUGAUGCCCCCUCUUCACCCCCCAUCCUGGCCUAGCCGGUGGGCAGCCGUCCCCUCUCCCGUCCUGAGCGAGUGGGAACGUGUGGGUGAGGCGCCUCUGGAGAAUGCGUGUGUUGGGUUGCCUGUGAGCCUGUUUCCUCUUUCAGAGCUGUUCCUGGUGAAACAUCUUCGAGCAAACCUUCUGUUUCUGAUCCGCUGUGUGAACCGUGAGGUUUGCGUUGUGUCGAGAAGCUGGUGGGACGUCUACUAUAGGGUUACUAUAGGUUUACUAUGGAGUUACCAUGGGUUUACUAUGAGGUUACUGUGGGCUUACAAUAGGACUGCAGUAGAUUUACACAUCAUGUUGUGCUGCCACAUUUGAAAACUGGGUCUUGUGUGUAAACCUAUUGUAAAUCUGUUUACUAAUAGCUUACAACAGGUUUACUUUAGGGCUACUAUAGCUUUGCACAGGUGGAUGUCAUAGUAUGGUGACACACUUGAAAGCUAGGCCUCAUGUAAAUCUCUUGUAAAUCUGUAGCAGAGGCACCCUAAAGAUUUCCACCUUUGGAUCUCGCAAGUCUCCUGUACGAAACUAUUGUAGCUGUGUUUACUACGGGUUUACAAUAUACUGGCUGCUAUAGCACGGUGCCACCUUUGAAAAUUAAGCUUAAUGUGUAACCCUAUUGGAGAUUUGAUUCCUAUAUGUUUACAACAGAUUCACUCGAUGGUUACACUUAGCUUCACAUGCCAUAUUUUAAAACUGGGUUUCAUGUAUAAUCCUGUUGUAAAUCUAGUCAUAAUAGCUUGGCUACUGAUUGGCUCCAGGUUCACUUACAGCUUUACACAAUGUAUUUACUAUAGGCUUACAAGAUAUUUACUAUGGGUUUCACACAGGAAUACUUUGGGUUUACUACAGGUUCAUGACACGUUUACUGUAGAUUUGUUGCGGGCUUAUGAUAGGUCUAAUAUAGGGUUACAACAGGUUUACGGAGAGUUUACAACAGAUUUACUAUGACUUUACGUAUUACUGAACAUUAUUUACUGUAGUACAUUGUGACUACAUUUUGUUGUAGGCUUACAAUGGGUUUACAACAGGUUCACUAGAGACUUACAACAGGUUCACUAUGGCUUUACUAUUAAUUUACAAACAUGUUUAUUAUAGGUUUACAGCCAGUUUGCUAUUUGUUUACAAACAUGGGUUUACAACAAGUUCACUAUGGGUUGACAACAGGUUUCCUGUUGUUUUACAAACAUGUUUACUGUAGACCUACAACAGGUUUGCUAUAUGUUUACUAUAGGCUUACACUGAGUUUACUGUGGGUUUAGAACAGGUUCACUACGGCUGUACCAGAUGUUUACAACAAGUUUACUAUUGGUUUACAAACCUAUUUUCUAUAGUCUUACAACAAGUUUUCUAUAUGGCUACUACAGGCUAGCAGGGACUUUACCACGGGUUUACAACAGGUUCACUAUAGACGUACAUGUUUACGAUAGCUUUGCGACAGGUUCCCGGUGGGUUUACAACAGGGUCACUAUGGGUUCACAGCAGGUAUACUAUUGGUUUACAAACGUGUUUAUUAUAGGCUUACAACAGGUUUACAACAAGCGUCCACGAGGGCCAACAUUCAAAUACACAUGCCUUGCUCAUAUCGUCCCUCCUCUGGCUGCCUCGUGGUGCACAUUGGACAAUGGGUCCUCGGGCAUUUCAAUCUACUGCAAGCUUUACACAUGAGACCCACCCUCCAAAUGCAGGCCCCUUUCCUACGCAAGCCCCAAAAUAGGACCAUUCCUUUAAAGGCACCAGCAUCGAAGAGCUCAGCUCCUGCUGUCCCAGUGCCCGGUGGGAUUAUUACCUGGCUCGGUAUAAGCCACCUCCGUUGAUGUUUUGUUUUGGGUUGUUUUCUGCUCAGCUUGUGCCAAUGAAAUCAGGCCGAUCCGAGUCCCCACCUGGUUCCUGUUGUACCAAAUCUUGCUGCUGUUCAUUGAUACUCGCACUUGAUAGCUAAUUAACAUCCUUGAGUGGGGGGAGGGGACUUGGUAUGAUCACCCCUGGCUCUGGGAAAGUUAGAGCAGGGCGGGCUGGGAGCCAGGACUCCUGGGUUCUGUUCCCGGCUCUGGGAGGGGAGUGGGAUCUAGUGGUUAGAGCAGGUGGGAUCUGGAGUCAGGACUCCUGGGUCCUAUUCACCAUCUGUCUUCUGGCAAGCCACUUCCUCUUCAUACACCCCUAAAACCGGGCUAACACCCCAGUCUGAAGCCCUCAGACGCAAGACUGCAAAGUAUUAGUACAACGACCUCUUGGCUUUCACUGCCCAGACGUCUUCUGCUCGACCCCAGAGCCACCUUUCUCCUCGUGCCCCAUCUGGCUCCAUUUCAGUUCACAGGGAACUUGGCUCUGUUUCAUUACUAACAGCUUCCUCCAGCUAUUUAGUCUCCAAAGCUGAAUCUCUCAUUCCUGCCCUGUCCAGGGAUUUCUGUUCCCAGCAAAAUGAGCCAAGAAGAAGGACACCUCACCAGGCCAAGAACGGUCACGUGUAGGGGGCGGUGGCCAUUUUGUCUCUCGUAUUGACCAAGGUAGCAUGUUUGGUACUAUCCUCCGACUGUAGAAUUAGCACUCUUUGGGGACUAAAAAACGCCUUCCAUCCACCCUAUUUAAAUCUUAUCCCCUCUGUCUCCUCUCUCUGGUCCCAAAUUUUAGUGACGGGCAUGACUGUAGGCGUGAUUGUGUCGUAAUUCCAUUGGCCAAGUCCUUGUUAGCUGGAUAACUGUCCAUCACCUUCUCCCCACCCUCGACCCCCAGUCUCAACUUUUAGCCAUAAGCAAAGUGAAGGGCAAGAUGACCUCUGCUCAAGAUGGCCUUUGUCAAGAUGGACGGAAGCAUUAAAUUACUUCCACUGACCAGUCCCUUAUAUCUCUCCAUCUCUCUUUAUCUCCCGGCCCCAACUUCUAGCAAAAACCAGAGAGAUUAUCAAGAGGGUGGCCAUUUGAGAUGAUGACCACCAUUCAAGAUGGUGGCCACUCAAGAGGGGGGUGGCCAUUCAAGAGGGUGGCCAUUUGAGAUGAUGACCACCAUUCAAGAUGGUGGCCACUCAAGAGGGGGGUGGCCAUUCAAGAGGGUGGCCGUUUGAGAUGAUGACCACCAUUCAAGAUGAUGGCCACUCAAGAGGGGGGUGGCCAUUCAAGAGGGUGGCCAUUUGAGAUGAUGACCACCAUUCAAGAUGGUGGCCACUCAAGAGGGGGGUGGCCAUUCAAGAGGGUGGCCGUUUGAGAUGAUGACCACCAUUCAAGAUGGUGGCCACUCAAGAUAGGGGGUGGCCAUUCAAGAGGGUGGCCAUUUGAGAUGAUGACCACCAUUCAAGAUGGUGGCCACUCAAGAUGGGGGUGGUCAUUCAAGACGGUGGCCAUGCCACAUGAUGGUGAACUGUGAGGUAAUACUAGUCUCCCCAAUCUCCUUUCCACCCUAAGUCCCAACUUCUAGCAACAACCGGUGUGUAAAUGCCCGGUGCAAGAUGGCCUCUGCCAAGUGUUGAAGAGAUGCUGCGUCCUUGCCCCCUCCGGGAACCCCUUGUUCGUGGUUCAAGACAACCGCCCCACCUCCGUAACAAUGGGUGUGCCAAGAACUAGCUGGCCACCACCGUGCCGCGAUAGAUGUGCUGUAGGAUAAUGGCAGACAGGAUCGUGUACAGGCCAAAGAGGAGCGUUUGUGACCUAUGACGUGUGUGGAUUCUAGCCCCGCCCUCCCAUUUUGAGGAACCUCCCUGUCCCCGCCCCUUAGUGGUGCUGUCCUUUAUAAGCCGCACCCCUUUUGAACAGGUUUUCAUAUCGAUGUCUUUGACCGCGU